AUGGGUCGUAUGCACAAUCCUGGUAAGGGUAUGUCGAAGUCGGCUUUGCCGUACCGACGCUCAGUUCCGUCGUGGUUGAAGCUGACCAGCGCCGAUGUCCAGGACCAGAUUGUCAAGCUGGCUAAGAAGUUUUUUGAAUGUGUUGCGGCCCGAAAUACAGAUUGUAGAUUAGGAUCGCAGCAUUGGUCAGGUCUCCGUCCUUCCCAGAUCGGUGUCAUCUUGAGGGAUUCCCACGGAGUCGCUCAAGUGCGCCGAGUAACUGGAAACAAGAUUUUCCGCAUCCUUAAGGCCAAGGGCAUGGCUCCGGAAAUCCCUGAGGAUCUGUACCAUCUGAUCAAGAAGGCGGUAUCCAUCCGAAAGCAUCUUGAGCACUCGCGCAAGGACAUUGACAGCAAAUACAGAUUGAUUCUUGUUGAGUCUCGAAUCCAUCGUUUGGCUCGCUACUACAAAACCAGCCGUCAACUCCCAGCGACCUGGAAGUAUGAGUCGGCGACCGCUGCCUCACUCAUCUCAUAA